CUGCCAAGAUGAAAGGUCAACAUCAGUCUUUAUCAAGAAUCAUGGAGGAAUCUUUUAGCAAGAUUGCUUUCCUUAUAUUAUAUCUUGUUGCUCAACAGCUAGCUCCUGUGCUAGCUGCCAUAAAUGUUAAUGACGUUGAGAAGUAUGUUAUUACAAGAGAAGGAAGAAAUGAUACUGACUUAUUCAGGGUUAUUUAUGACAACUCUCAGUGCCCUGUGAAUGCAUGUGGAUCUUCAACUGCAUAUAUGCUUGACAUCACGCAGUGUAUCUGCUCUUGCAAGCCAGGCUACCCAACAUUUCUCCCUGAGUUAGGAAGGUGUGGUGAUACAAAGACUGUUAAGGAAUCUCUGUUUGAUAGUUGCUCCGGUUUCUUUGAGUGGCCCUUUUUUCUGAGGUCCCUCAACCUUGAAAGUGGAGGUAAGGAGGAACAUGGCAAUUCAGAACAUUACCAGAGCUGUCAUGUGGUACCACGAAGUGCUGCAUACUACAACUUCCUAGUAAAAAACAAAUGGGUGGACAUACACAGCGAUAUCUUCACAGUACAAAUAGAAGGAAGUCGAGUAGUUUUUAAGUGGAGACCUAACAAGGAUAAGCAACUUUCAGGAAGAAUUAUUCAAGUUAAAAUUUCUUGUGAUUAUUCAGCAUCCAGGUCACUGACCAAAACGGGUUGUCUGGUGUUUAAGUCUUCAGGACAAAUCACAUAUAAUCUUCAUUCAUUGACGUCAAGCGGAGAGGUUUAUCAGGCCCCAGUUUUUGCGUCAUUGUCAGCAGUUUCUUCAACAGCUCCUGAAUUGGCAUCUGUGGUACUGCUACCAUCAUCUUCACCAUCUGUGUCUUCGCUGCAACCAUCCAAAAAAACACCAUCAAUAUCACUCAAUCCAUCAUCAUCAUUUCCCUNAUCGAGUAUUGAUCAAGUACAAUGA